AGUCGUCCCGAAGGCGGGAAGACAGCUGCCUUCAAGGCGGUCUGCUUAUCGCUGUAUUCCCGCGUGGGAAGAUUAUGACGGGAGAGGACUCUCUCGCUUCGUCUCUUCCUCUCUGGUUUAAUCCAAAUUUCGUCAAAAUCCACCGGAAGAACUCGUUUCAAUUAUCUGCGACACCUCAAGUGCCACACCUGCUUCGUCAAACUGAUUACUUUCAUGAUGGCGUGCGUUGCAGUUCGCUUGGACAAAGGAGCCCUAAAAAAGAUUGAUGGAGCCAAAAAAAAGCUUGAUAACAAAGUGGUGCGUGUUGUUGUGGGACCACAUGUGAAGCAUCCUCUACAAAACAGAUGGGCUCUCUGGUUCUACAAGAACGAUAAGAGCAAAAUGUGGCAGGACAAUUUGAGGCUCAUCACAAAGUUUGACACAGUGGAAGACUUCUGGGCGUUGUACAACAACAUUCAGCUGGUGAGCAAGCUUUCAUCUGGUUGCGACUACUCUGUUUUCAAGGAUGGCAUUGAGCCAAUGUGGGAAGACAGGCGUAACAAGUGUGGAGGACGCUGGCUGAUUACACUGUCGAAGCAGCAGAGGCACACUGAACUCGACCGCUUCUGGAAGGAGACUCUCCUUUGCCUCAUUGGAGAGGGCUUUGGCUCCUUCAGCAGGGACGUUUGCGGUGCUGUCAUCAAUGUUCGAGCCAAAGGUGACAAAAUCGCCAUCUGGACCACCGAUACAGAGAAUGGAGAAGCAGUUACCUAUAUUGGACGAAAGUACAAGGAAGGACUAGGCCUACCUCCAAAACUCGUCAUUGGAUAUCAAGCCCAUGCAGACACUGCCACCAAAAGCAAUUCAAUAACAAAGAACAAGUUUGUGGUGUAGAAAUGAUCUUGUUUUUUCCAAGUCUCCUAUAGCAAAGGACAAGUUUAGUCUUUGUUUUUCUGUACUGUACUUCAUCAUGUUGAGUUUGUAUUUGCACUUAAUUCAUUACCUUAUUUAAAUAGUACAUUUGGCAUGAUACAUGUGGGAGACAUUGUUUCUUUUGAAGAUGAGACAUUUUUUUUGUGGCCUACAAAAUAAAAUAUAUAUAUAUGUA